AAUGGCUUUCUUAAUUUCUUUUAUCUCCGAUCCUGUGUUAAUGGGUCUGCUGUGUGCAGCAGUGCUGUUAGCUGCACUCUAUUUUUCAACCGGCUCUAAAAACGCAGCGUUUAAAUUGCCUCCUGGUCCAACUCCUCUUCCGAUCAUUGGUAACCUGCACUUGGUGGACAUCAGAAGGCAAGAUAAGUCACUAAUGAAGCUUGCGGAAGAAUACGGCCCGGUCUUCACCCUCCAUUUUGGCUUCCAGAAAGUUGUGGUCCUGACCGGGUACGAAGUUGUGCGGGAGGCGCUUGUGAACUACACAGAGGAGUUUGUAGACAGACCAUCCAUCCCAAUAUUUGACCAAAUUCAGAAUGGAAACGGUGUGUUCUUCUCCAUCGGCGACCUGUGGAGAACAACGCGCAGGUUCACCGUCUCCAGCAUGCGCAACCUCGGCAUGGGGAAGCAGAUGAUGGAGGGGAAGGUUUGUGAGGAGCUUCACUUCCUCAUUGAGAAGAUCAAAUCCUUCAAAGGGGAACCUUUCAGCCUGAGGUCCUUCAGCAUCGCUCCGAUCAACAUCACCUUCCUCAUGCUCUUUGGGGACAGGUUUGACUAUAAGGACCCAACAUUUCUCACUCUCCUAAGACUCAUAGAUGAAGUUAUGGUUCUUCUGGGAUCUCCAUACUUGAAUUAUUUCAAUUUCUACCCAUUCCUUGGAUUUCUUUUCAAAACUCACAAGAUUUUGCUGAAGAAAAUAGAAGAUGUGCGCGCUAUUAUAAGGCAAUACAUGAAGGCGAGCAGGGAAGAUAUCAAUGAGAACAGUGUGAGGAGCUACACUGAUGCAUUGGUAUUCAAGCAGCACGAGGAGAAAAACAAGAAAGACAGCCUCUUCCAUGAUGACAACUUAAUUGCAUCCAUACUUGACCUGGUCAUGGCGGGCACAGAGACCACGGCCACCACGCUGCAGUGGGCCAUCCUGCUGAUGAUGAAAUACCCUGAGAUCCAAAAAAAGGUGCAGGAGGAGAUUGGAAGAACUGUCAAAGCUGGCAGCUGGGCCACGUACGAGGACCGCAAGAAGAUGCCAUUCACAAACGCAGUGAUCCACGAAGUGCAGAGGUUCAUCACCCUCCUGCCCCACGUUCCCCGCUGCACUGCUGUGGACACCCACUUCAGGGGAUACUUCCUUCCCAAGGGCAUAAUUGUCAUCCCAUCGCUCACCUCCGUGCUGCUGGAUAAGACGCAGUGGGAGACACCACACCAGUUCAACCCCAACCACUUCCUUGAUGCUGAAGGGAAUUUUGUCAAGAGGGAGGCUUUCCUGCCCUUCUCCACAGGGCGAAGGAACUGCAUUGGAGAAAGCCUCGCCAAGAUGGAGCUGUUUGUCUUCUUUGUCGGGCUGCUGCAGACAUUCACUUUCCAACCUCAGCCGGGAGUUUCAGAGGCUGACCUGGACCUGACCGUCCCUGAAACGACUUUCACAUUAAGGCCUCGGCCCCAGGCGACCUGUGCCGUCCUGCGCGAAUAGGCAGUGCUGCUGCGGGGCGGCCAGGUGGGGACACCACCAAGGCCCAUCUUAGCUGUGCUAGGGCUCAUCGCCCCGUGCCAUCGUGCCACGCUCUGUCGUAUUUCCCUCCCGCUGUCUCUGUCCACUCCCACCCCUACAUCUCCCCAUAGGUCGCUGACCUGCUCUUUGCUCCCUUGCUGUGGGGAAUGCAGGCAAAUCAAUGAGAAAGCACAAUCCUGGUGACCCUCCCAGAGAGGGACACCCAGCAGCUGAAGGACCCGGGGGUGUGUGUCCAUGACAUGUAGGUGUGACAUCCACACUUCAACACCAAAGUAAGGCUCACAACACUGCAGAAAUCUCCCAAAAUUCCCACUCAAGACACACCAGCGUUCACUGGGAGCUGAAAUACGCUGUAGGUGCUUCUUGAGCCAAGCUCUCUCAUUAGCCAGAGCUUCCAGCAAAAUCCCACUGGGGCAGGCAGCCAAGACAAGCACUGAAAGUGCAAAACCACCCAUCCACGGGCUGUGGGGAUGAAGUUCUUCCUCCUUGAAACACAGUCUUGAAAGACACCUUGAAGUCUGCAAGCCUGUCUAGAUAGCCAAGAGUUGCCGCCACCAUGUUCAACACUGCUCCACAGUCUGAAUGGAAGAGGAUCUACAUUUUUAAGUUUGCAGUUAACAUUCAUACCAGCAAGUGAUCAUAAAAGGCUAAUGAUACAGGAAAAUAAACCAGACUCAUUUCUAGUUUUAUGGAUGUCUGUCUUUUCUGACCUGGUUAAAAUAGGAGCAAACGCAUUCCCUCUCUCAGGAAUUCCUGGGCAAUCAGUGCAGUUUGGAACAGUUUGGCCAUUGGAACCAACCAUGCAAUUUCUUUGCAAGUGGAGCCUUGUAUGCAUGCAAACACUCAUGCAAGGAGAAUUUGGAUCAGACCAAGUUGUUGUUAUUUUCUUUUGCUGUCUGCUGCCCCAGUCCAUAGCACUCUUAUCAUCCAUCACAUUCUGCAAUCUCAAUCCGGUUGAUGUAUAGCUCAGGAUAUUUUCCAUCCAAAUAGCUGCCUGUGAAUCGCUGUUCUCCAUAUGCAUUAUCUUAUCGUGUGCUUUAUCACAUUGUUUAUAUCUUUCCCUUUACGGGAACCCAAUAAAGUUUUAAUUCUCCCACGUUUUCAUUACAUCAGAUGUUUCUGCCACCAAGCUUUGUACUUUGCAGAAAAGCAAACGCCAUGGAGUUGAACCUGAGCCCAGAGUGCCAAUAACACAAUUGGUUCAACUCGUACCCCACGGCUGAGAGGUUCUGCAUGCCCUGAUCCUAUCACAAAUGGCUCAGCUGGAGAGCCUCCAUAUCAGCACAGUGGUUUCCCCGGGGCUCUGCUGUCCAAGGGACGAUGGCCAGGUGCCAGAAUAGCAGCAACUUGUGCAACGAGCACUGCCCCUCUAUUUGCAGCCCCUUUGCACGCUGGCCAGAGCAACAAUCACGCAGAUGAUCUCUAUUUCCCUUUUGCCACGAGAUGGCACCACGAUCCCUCCGAGUCACUGCAGUUCUCACUGGGCCAGAAUGCCCUGUCAGCCACAGCCAGGGCUCCGUGCAGGGAACACCUCGCAGCUUUAUGAACCCCCAGUCCAACUGCACUGACCUGGGAGCGAGGCUGGGAGCAAAGAGAUGUGCACUAUUUAUUUACCAUUAACCUGGAAGAAUCAGGUGGUAUGCAGGUAAUGGGAGCUGCCCUCCUCCCAUCCUACAGCAGACAGCCCCUUUCCAUGGGGUUCACCUGUGCAAACUCUUUGAAGGGCAUUGGCUCAGCCCACCCCCCACUGCAGACCUGUCAAAUCCUUCUGGUCCCUACUCUGCAUUUCAGACCAAGGAAGAAGUGAGCUGCUGGAAACGAGAGUCCUGUUGUCAUCAGUAGUGAAGGGGUGUGAUGAGAUCCCUCAGAGCACAGGAACCUAAAAGGUCACGGUUUGGUAUUGGGGU